AUGGCAAACAAGCAUUCAACCAUCCAGGAUGAUCCUUGCCUAUGUAAGGAUGCAUUCGGUGGUCAAGAAUCAGAUACAUUAAAGAGAUUACAGGAUGCUGUAUAUAAACUACGGUUUCAAUCACAUCCAGAAUUUGCUACUUUCUUCGGUGUGCAUGAUUUCGAUGACAGAUUGGAAGCCUAUACCAUGGAGUCAUAUAGACGUCGAAAGGAAGUCUGCGAGGAGUAUUUAAAACUGGUAGAAGAUGUUGAUAUUAAUCAGCUAACCCGUGUUGAAAGACGAGAACUUCGAAUCUUAAAAUCCUAUUUACAAGCUUAUAUAGAAGGUUAUGAAUGGAGAGAUUAUGGUGCCUUGAAUCCGAUAAAUUUUCUGGAGGGUAUUACAGCAGGUCCACACUGGACUCUAUACUCUAGGUUAAAAACUAAAGAUGAUUAUCAAAAUUAUCUAAAAAGAUUAGCCAGCGUACCUAAACAGGUGGACCAGGAAAUUGCUUUAAUGGAAAAAGCCAUACGAUUGAAAAGAACCAGCCAUAAGGUUUCUGUAGAUCGUGUACCAAAGAUGAUUGAAAAUUGGCCAGUUUAUCAGAUUUAUUUAUACCCAUUUCGAGACGCUCUGGAAGAAAGUCGAUUAUCAAUAGAAACUAGGAAUCGAUUGCAGCGGAAGGCAGAAGAAUUAUUGGUGCCAAUAAAUAAAAGUUUAAAAAGAUUCCAAAAGUUUAUGGAAAAGGAAUAUGCAGCAGCAACACGACCUUCGCCUGGUGUUCAUUCCUAUCCUAACGGAGAGAAAUAUUAUAGAGCUUGUUUAAAAUGGUAUCUAGGAUAUGAAAUAACACCUGAAGAGAUCUUUGAAAUAGGUGUCAAAGAAGUUGAUAGAAUAGAAAGGAAGAUGAAAAAGAUAAUGGAAUCUGUUGGUUUUCCACAAGAAGAUUUAAAAUCAUUCUUCCAAUAUGCUAAAUACAUUCCAAAAUUUUAUAAUCACUCAAAGGAGGAAUUACUCGCCAAAUAUCAGGGAAUAUUAAAUCAUGAUAUUAGACCAAAGUUACCACGUUUAUUCUAUAAUAUAACAUUACCAAAAAUCAAUAUAGUACCAGUAGAAAACGACGGACCAUGGGGUUCAUACGGCCAGAAUGUAUUUUAUGUAAAUUUGAAGGAUCCAAGAAAAAGAUCAACUUUUAUGAUGCUACCACUUGCUGUACACGAAACAGACCCAGGACACCAUUUCCAAGAAGCUUAUACAGCUCUGUAUGAUGUUCCUGCUUAUAGAAGUCAUAGUAUGAUUAGUAAAUUAUAUUCAGUACCACUUCAUUUUCCUGUCUACAGUGCUUAUACAGAGGGCUGGGCUCUUUAUGCUGAAUACCUUGGCACAGAAAUGGGUCUGUACAAAGAUCCGUUUGAAAUGUUUGGUAAAUAUUGCUCUGAAAUCUUUCGAGCUUGUCGUCUGGUUGUAGAUACAGGUAUUCAUGCUUUUGGCUGGACAAGAGAAAGAGCAAUUAAAUUUCUUGAGAGUUAUAGUGAUUUCCCGAAAAGUCAAAUAGAAGCAGAAAUAGAUAGAUAUAUAACAUGGCCUGGACAAGCCUGUGCGUAUAAAAUAGGCGAAAUGAAGAUCAUAGCCCUAAGACGAAAGGCAGAAAAGAUAUUAGGGCGUGACUUUAACAUUAGGGAAUUUCAUCAUGAAGUACUCAGUACUGGAAGUGUACCUUUAGACAUCUUAGAAGAAAUUAUCACAGACUGGAUCAGUGCCAAACAGGCUUGGAAAAUAAAUGGUCGAUAUGGUGCCAAUAUUGACCGUUUAUCAACAAAUUCAGGUUCUGGAAUAAGUCAUAAUAAUGGUGCCAUGUUUCUGACUAUAUUAACUUUUAUAUUUUGUGGAUUAACGUAGCCAAUUCUCUAUUCUGGUUGUGACAAUGUUAAUGUUUAUUUGUGAUAAAGGCAACGAACAUUAUUCAGAAAGACUCCAAGUGAUGCCAUAAUAGGCUUUUGUAAGUAACAGCCACGACGUCUUUUUGGAAUAUUUUCAAACGAAUAAGUAAAUAUCCCUUCUAAUUAGGCACAGUAACAAAAACGACGCAAUUCAGAAAAGGUCCAGACCCAUGAAUGAACGAUUUCGAGCGAACAGCAGCACUUAAGCGUUUUCCAUUGCAUAGAUUUCAUUCAUUCGGUAUUUUCAGCAUCACCAUAUAGACAUACAUAUCCAAAUCUGACCGCAGGACAACCAAGGCAGAUCACACGUACCUCCAGAUCCGUACCUUUCAGAUCAUGCAUAAGAUAAAGAUAAUUCAGAAGAAAACGCUAAAUUUAAGAUAAUUGAAACAACAUGUACUGCCUUCCACCAUUUUUCUUUCGAAUAAUAUUAAUAUUUGAUGUAUAAUUUCGAAAUUUUUUCGUUGAGUAUUUUGUAUAUUAAAGGUAUAUAUUUAUUGU